AUGCCGACCAAGAGCAAGAGCGGCGCCGGUGUUCGCCUCGUGCAUUCCAAAGACACUGACACCUCCUCCGUCGGUGACGACUCUGCCCAUCACACCGGAAUGGAGAUCAAUCCCGAGGCCGCCUUUAUGAAAGGUCUGGAUGCAAGUCUAUUGAGUGCCUACGAUGAUGACUCCUCGGAGAGCUCUUACUGGUCUGAUUCCGAUGAGUCUUCGGACGAUGACUCCUCUGAUGAUGAUGAUGAUGACGACGAUGAUGAUGACCAACAAAGUGGAUACACCAGUGGCGGUCAAGGCGUGGAAUCCGAUACGGGUGGGAAUGACACGGAAAAUGAAAAGGAAGAAAAACCCCGCCCCACCAUGAAGGCCAAACGAAAUAAUUCGGUCUUGUCCCUGGAUGCCCUGCUCAAGGUGUCGCUGCAGGUGAGCGAUGCCGCACAGCCACAGCCCAAAGACCGAGACGCCAGACGUCGUGGACGUCGUUUGGGCCGGGAUCACACCCCCACUUCUUUGGGAGCCUUGGCACGUAAGGUCGGGUCCAGUACCAACAAUGACCUCAAAGAUGUUGCGGCUACCAUUCGUCGUUGUGACUCUGCCUUGAACCUCAAAGUCAGAAAAGGCUCUGGAGGUGGCUUGACCAACCGGGAAAGUACCACUAGUAGGACCUCCACCACUACCGGUACCAGCAGGACCUCCACCACCGCCAGGACAACCCCCACGAGGACAACCCCCACGAGGAAGUCCUCCAAGGACACUAUGCCUUCUCUCUCCAGCGCUCCAAAAACGUUCAUGCAUGUUCAACAAGAAGGAUACUCCAGUUCUGCUUCGGGUACUUCUAGUAAAAGAACUGCUGGACGUCGUCGUUCUGGUUCGGGGGCCACUGCCACUGCCAGUGUGCAGCCAAAGGCGCCCACUCCCGCUUUUAGUGGCGGACGCAAAACCGGAGCUGUCAAAAAGUACGGAGAACACGCCAAAAAAAUGGUCAAUCCCCGCGAACAUUACUUGGCCAUUUUGCACCAAAUGGGCGUCGAAGCACCCUUGGUCCCCUACGAUGCUUUGGAAGACUUUUUCGUGCCCAUGACAAUGGAAGAUCGGGCUGCCUUUGAUUGGGAAUUGGUCCAAUCCAUUCGUGAUCACAACAUGGGCAAACUCAAGAGAUUGCACAAGGCGGGUCAUCACAUGUCGGCUCGUGCGCAGUUUGGAGAAUCCAUUGUCCACAUUUGUGCGCGUCGUGGAACUCCGGAAAUGCUACGAUACUUGUUGGAAGAUGCCACCGUGUCAGCGCGGGUCUGCUGCGACUAUGGACGUACUCCCCUCCACGAUGCUGCCUGGUCGACCGAUGCCAAGUCCCUCAAGAUGAUGCAAAUCCUCAUUACAGCCUGCCCCGAUCUCUUGUUGAUUCAGGAUAAGCGUGGUUUCAUGCCGUUGGAUUAUAUCCCCAAGGAUCGAUGGCCACAUUGUUGCGCCUUUUUGGACAAGCACAAGAGUAGCCUCAUGCCCACGGGAGUGUUGUUUGGAGAAAGUAGCGGAGAUGAAGACAGCGACUACGAAGAGGAAGAGAGCGGCGAGGAGUUGGAUUUCUAA